GAGGAACAAAAAAGCGCAUUGUUCUCUUCCAACUCUGCAAAAGGGACAACGCUGAAAGCACCCUUUCGGAGAUCUCAAGGGCCUUAACCUUAAUCUUAACCUUCCUUAAUCCUUAACCCCUUCCCUCACACACUUUCCCCUCCUAAGGUGUCCCUCGUUUUCUCCGAAGCCUUCUUAUUAACUCUCUAUCUCUCUUAACCUUUGACGCAAACACAAACACUUCUUCGAAAGCACGCAACAGUUCAACGCUAUUUCAUGGCUACCAUCUGUUCGACGCAUUGCCGCUCAUACCCUUCGCUGCAACCUGUUUCUUCGCCAUCGUCUAAGCUCGGUCACGUGCCGCAGCACGUGACCCUGUCGUCUUCCGCAUCGAAGCGGUUCCUUGCAGCUAAGGUGUCCCUGAAAUCUCAGUCAGAUUCCAACCAGGUUGCCGUUCACACCCACCAGCCACAACAAAGCGAUGGUGCUGCCACAGCUGCCGCAGUCCCUGUUGAUAUUGACACUACUCAGAAGCUUUUGAAAUCUGAAUUAUUGUCAUUUACCUCGGCGGAGGAGUCUCAAGCUGAAGCCAGCUUUUACAACAAUGAGAACGAGUCUGUUAGUAUUACUGUCGUUGGAGCCUCUGGAGACCUUGCUAAGAAGAAGAUAUUUCCGGCUCUCUUUGCACUUUACUAUGAGGAUUGUCUUCCUAAGCACUUCACCAUCUUUGGUUAUGCUCGAAGUAAGAUGACUGAUGCUGAACUGAGAACCAUGGUUAGCAAGACUCUCACUUGUAGAAUUGAUAAGAGAGAGAACUGCGGUGAAAAGAUGGAUGAAUUUCUUAAGAGAUGCUUCUACCAUUCUGGUCAGUAUGACUCUCAGGAAAACUUUGCAGCGCUGGACAAGAAGCUUAAGGAACAUGAGAAUGGGAAAGCUUCUAAUCGCCUGUUCUAUCUAUCAAUUCCUCCAAACAUAUUCAUAGAUGCUGUAAAAUGUGCCAGUUCAUCAGCAUCUUCUGGUAAUGGUUGGACAAGAGUCAUUGUUGAGAAGCCUUUUGGUCGAGACUCAGAAUCUUCAGCUGCUUUAACAAAAUCGCUCAAGCAGUAUCUUCGUGAGGAUCAAAUUUUCAGGAUUGACCACUAUCUGGGGAAAGAGCUUGUGGAAAAUCUCUCUGUUCUCAGAUUUUCAAAUCUCAUUUUUGAACCAUUAUGGUCAAGGCAGUACAUAAGAAAUGUACAGUUUAUAUUCUCAGAAGAUUUUGGCACUGAAGGGCGUGGAGGGUACUUCGACAAUUAUGGUAUAAUAAGAGAUAUUAUGCAGAAUCACUUACUUCAAAUACUAGCCCUCUUUGCAAUGGAAACUCCUGUUAGUUUGGAUGCAGAGGAUAUUAGAAAUGAAAAGGUUAAAGUUCUUCGUUCAAUGAGACCAUUGGAACUUGGGACUAUGGUUAUAGGGCAGUACAAGAGUCACACCAAAGGAGGUGUUACAUAUCCAGCAUACACGGAUGACAAAACUGUACCGAAGGGCAGCUUAACUCCAACAUUUGCUGCAGCUGCCCUUUUCAUAGAUAACGCAAGAUGGGACGGAGUGCCUUUUCUGAUGAAGGCUGGGAAAGCAUUACACAAAAAGGGAGCUGAGAUACGGGUACAGUUCAGGCAUGUGCCAGGCAACUUGUACAAUCGGACUUUUGGGACUGAUCUUGAUCGGGCCACGAAUGAACUUGUUAUAAGAGUACAGCCUGAUGAAGCUAUUUAUUUGAAGAUCAACAACAAAGUUCCAGGUCUAGGAAUGAAAUUGGACCGCAGUCAUCUGAAUCUGCACUAUGCAGCAAGAUAUUCUAAGGAGAUUCCAGAUGCAUAUGAGAGGCUACUUCUGGAUGCCAUCGAAGGAGAAAGAAGACUCUUUAUACGCAGCGAUGAGCUCGAUGCUGCAUGGUCACUCUUUACACCUGUAUUGAAGGAGCUAGAAGAGAAACGGGUAGUUCCAGAGUACUAUCCUUAUGGUAGUCGUGGUCCAGUUGGCGCUCACUAUCUUGCCGCCCGAUACAAUGUCCGGUGGGGUGACCUUGGGAUAGACAUGGAUCAAUGAUCGUGACAUUUUUCUCGUCUGUCGCAGUCGCGAUCCGCCUCCGAUGUUAGCUAUAAUGCAAAUGUCUGGUUUGUGGUUUCUUCUUGAAGUGCAGCUUGUCUCAUACUAUUAUUAUCAUUGUUGCUUCCCUAGCAGAUAGGUUUGAGGCAUACAUGAAUUCAUGUAAAGCAUCAAAGCAGAAGAAUAAAACGUUUAGAUUUUAAA